AUGGCCUCACGCAGCUUCUCCAAGGCGCUCCGCUCGCCAAUGGCUCGCCAGUUGGCGGCCAAGCCUGCUACCCAGCAGCGCACCUUCGUUGCUGCCCGCAACCUCGUUCGCGCCUCUGCUCAGGUUAACAAGGCCUUCGCCGCCCCUGCCCAGCAGCAGGCUCGUGGUGUCAAGACCAUGGACUUUGCUGGCCACAAGGAGGACGUCUACGAGCGUGCCGAUUGGCCCCAGGAGAAGCUCUUGGAGUACUUCAAGAACGACACCCUCGCCCUCAUCGGCUACGGCUCUCAGGGUCACGGCCAGGGCCUGAACCUCCGUGACAACGGCCUGAACGUCAUCGUUGGUGUCCGUAAGAACGGUCAGUCCUGGAAGGACGCUCAGCAGGAUGGCUGGGUCGAGGGCAAGAACCUCUUCGACGUUGAUGAGGCCAUCUCCCGCGGCACCAUUGUCAUGAACCUCCUCUCCGACGCUGCUCAGAGCGAGACCUGGCCCGCCAUCAAGCCCCAGCUCGUCAAGGGCAAGACCCUCUACUUCUCCCACGGCUUCUCCCCCGUCUUCAAGGACGUCACCAAGGUCGACGUCCCCACGGACAUUGACGUCAUCCUCGUCGCUCCCAAGGGCUCUGGCCGCACCGUCCGCUCCCUCUUCCGCGAGGGCCGUGGCAUCAACUCCUCCUUCGCCGUCUACCAGGACGUCACUGGCAAGGCCAAGGAGAAGGCUCAGGCCCUCGGUGUCGCCAUCGGCUCCGGCUACCUCUACGAGACGACGUUCGAGAAGGAGGUCUACUCUGACCUCUACGGCGAACGUGGCUGCCUCAUGGGUGGUAUCCACGGCAUGUUCCUCGCCCAGUACGAGGUCCUCCGCGAGCGCGGCCACUCCCCCAGCGAGGCCUUCAACGAGACCGUCGAGGAGGCUACCCAGUCCCUGUACCCCCUGAUCGGUGCCAACGGCAUGGACUGGAUGUACGAGGCCUGCUCCACCACCGCCCGCCGCGGUGCCAUCGACUGGACCCCCAAGUUCAAGGACGCCCUGAAGCCCGUCUUCAAUAGCCUCUACGACGCUGUCAAGGAUGGUUCCGAGACCAAGCGCUCCCUCGAGUACAACGGCCAGAAGGACUACCGCCAGAAGUUCGAGGCCGAGAUGGAGGAGAUCCGCAACCUGGAGAUCUGGAGAGCCGGCAGAGCCGUCCGCUCUCUGCGCCCCGAGAACCAGAAGUAA